UCAAAUGUUUUAUUCCACAUCAACCAUUACUUUUCAUCCUCAAGCCUUUGCUGAAGGCUAUGGAACGAUGUUAGCUUUGGCUGGGUCUGAGUGCAGAGACCUAAGAGGAUCUGGUUUGAAACCUCUUUCCCUGUGAGAAGAGAGUCAGUGACCAAAUGUAGAGAUAGCAGUGAAUUAUUGAUGGACCUACAUGUUUUACACAUACAGAUGCUGCUAAAGACAGUUUUCCCCUAAAAUCAGCAGUUAGCAAAUGUUUUAAUUAGAUCAAGGCAUUCCUACCUUGUAGUUGUUCCAGAAUCUUGGGGUGAGAACAUUUGUAAUUUGCAAAAGUAAUAUUUUAUCUGUGGAAGGCAAGCACAUGGAAGAAAAAUCUAUUGUCUUGUACUAUAAACUAAAGAAAAUAAACAAAAUCAUCCUGGCUGUGGGAUGUACAAAUGUUCAGUGUUAUAUGUGUGUCAGUCACUGAUAGAGGGCUGGGGAAAAAACUAAAGUCUGCCACAGGGACUGAGUGGCAGAGAUAUUUAUGCUUAUCAGAGGUGGAGGGCAGGGAUCAAGAAAUUUUGAGAAAGUGAAUUAAAGUCUUAUAAAUACUUUAGUCAUAAAGGCCAAUGAUGAUUGUAUUAUACUUUCUGCAUUUGUUAAAAUACAACAUAAUCAUAUUUGGCAUCUAAUCACUCCAGAUUUUGUGGUAGCCACUGGGAUCCAACAACCACCUUUGUCCCUAGGAGCACAUGAUUUAAUAAAGAACACAGAUACAGGGACCAUUAACACUCUACCAUGAUAAGUAUCAUAACAGAUAAAUGUUUAAAGAACUCAGAGAAGAGAGGGAUGGAUUUCUAGUUGUUCAACUGUGUUUAUAUAUCUUUAUGGUAGACAUCAUAAGUCAACAUUGGGGAACCCUAUAUUCAACCUUAUAAAAUAAUGUAAAUAUUUUUAAAAUCCUGUAAAACCUAUAAUCCUCCCAGCAUCCCAGGAGCAGCGUUGUCCCUGUGGGAGGACUUGAUUGAAGCCUACAAGGAUGAGAUGACUGAGAUACUAGUACCAGAUGACCAGGGUCAUCAUCCAGAUCAAAGAGGACUUCAAGUCUAGCCUCUUCUGUGACAUCACACUAAAUGUGUCCCCUCCUUUUUUUAAAAAACUAAGAUACAAACUUUGGUUUCAUUUCUGGGACCAAACAUAGUCAACAUUUUCCAGAAUUAAAACCUGUAAGAAAUUUGUUCUUAAGUUCCAAUGUAUAAUCUCUUGAAGAGCUUCCUUCUUUAUGGGCUCACCUUACAGAUGUGCUGUGAGUUAAAAGAAAAGGCCAAGCUUGGGAAGCAGAGAGACCUGUUUCAAAUCUGUCUUAGGACUCACUGGCUGUGCCAGCUUAGGCAAGAAUCAACAGGCUCUGGUCUCAGUCCCUGUAGUGGCACACUGGGGAAACAGAUGACAUCGUAAGAUGAGCACAGGCCCGGGCCCUGGGUAGCUGCCUUGACCCUAUCUCUGCUGCCACCAUCCUACCAUCCUAGUCCAAGCUACCAUCUCUUAUCUGGAUUGUGGCAAUUAUGGGGUGUUUUUCUUUUCUUUUCCUUUUCUUUUUUGAGACAAAGUCUGGCUCUGUUGCCCAGGCUGGAAUGCAGUGGCACAAUUUUGGCUCACUGCAACCUCCGCCUCCUGGGUUCAAGCAAUUCUCCUGCCUCAGCCUCCCAAGCAGCUGGGAUUACAGGUGCCCGCCACCACACCCAGCUAAUUUUUUGUGUUUUUAGUAGAGACGGGUUUCACCAAGUUGGCCAGGCUGGUCUCGAACUCCCGACCUCAGGUGAUCCGCCUGCCUCAGCCUCCCAAAGUGCUGGGGUUACAGGUGUGAGCCACCCAUUUAUUCUGUGCCACUUCAAUCUACCAGUCUCUUCCCUGAUAGCAAAAAGAAUCGAGUCACCACCUUUAAAAGAUGAAAAUCCUCAACACGAUUUACAAUAUUUUUUCCAAACUGCAGUCAUGAGCCAUUAGUGGCUCAUAGAAACAAUUUAGUGGGUCAACACCAGCACUUUUUAAAAAAAGUGAAGUAGAACAGAAACAUGAAAUUGCAAUGCCAAUCAUAAGCAUAAGAAUUAUUUCAUCAAACUUUUCUCAUUAUGGGCCUUCUCAAAAAGUGUUUGAAGGCCUCUGGCCUAUAAUACCCUGAGUAAUAUGACCCCUGCCUCCUCCUUUAGCCCCACUUCCCAUCAUCCCCCACGCGGUUCUCCGCUCUUUACCCACACUAGCCUUCCUUAAAUUCCUCCAAUACAUCAUGUUCCCUUCUGUGGGAGACCACUUAGCACAUGGUUUUCCUCCUUGCCUAGUUAAUGUCAUCCUCCAGGUCUCAGCUCAGAUGCCACUUCUUCAGGUAAACCUUCCCGGAUUACAUCCUGAACCCCUGUAGCUGUCAGGGUCUCACAGAUCUGUGUUCAGUUUUUAGUUAUCCCUUUAAUAGCAUGUUUCCUCGGUUAAUGACAAGCUUUCCCACUAGGCUGUCUUUGUGACCGCAGGAGCUCUGCUCUUGUUUACCCCUGUGGUAAUCCAGUGCCUAUCUCAGGCUGGCACCUAGGCAUUCAGAGGGAUAAAUGAAGGAAAGAAUUGGCCAACCUGUUGACCAAUGACGUUGGCUGGCCUCCUUCCUUGCUUGGUAUCGGUUUUGUUUCUAACACUUGCACCAAGAAAACCACACAGGGUUAUACUGUCUGCCUAGUUUAGGAACUUCCUUUAACAGUAUUUCUUUACUCUCUGAGUUUCUGGUGAGCUAAAAAAAACAAAACAAAAAACAAAAAACUGCAUCAAAAUUGCAUGCGUGUGCUGGCCGUUGAGUACUUCGGUGGAGAGUGGGAGACGCAUCUUCAUGAAAUUUCAGAGGGGAACUCCGCCCAUCCACUCCGAACCAGCCGCAGCUCCACGAGCAUCUCACGCCACCCCUCUGCAUCACCAGGGCGGCCGUGGGGCGCGCGCGAUCAGCAGGCGUCUUGGCGCCCAGUCCAUGCGACUAUCUCUUCCCAGCCCCGGGACUAGGCCCGCCCAACUCGGAUUCUCCACUCUUGGUAGCGCGCGUCCCCCGGACUGCUGAGACCAGGCGGCGCGGCGGCAGGUGACCCGUGUCUCCAGUCCCGGGCGCAGCCCAGGGGACGUUGACAGCAUCGCGGAGACCGGCCCUGGGCCUCUGCAGCCAUCUUCAGGGAGGGAGGCGCGGCCUCCCGACGCGGACCCGCCCCCGCCGCCCGGGCCGCCCCGCCCGGCUCCGCAGAGCGCCGCGCCCAGGUUGCGACUUCCCUUCCCUACCCUGCUCGGCUGCGUAGUGCGCUCCCCGCCCAGCCUGCAGAGCUCGCGCCGCGGCAGCCCAGCCGCUCGGCCCCGCCGCGCUCGCAGAGGCCGCCAUGGGCACCGCGAGCUGGCUCGCGCUGGGCAGCCUCUUCGCCCUGGCUGGGCUGCUGGAAGGCCGGCUCGUGGGCGAGGAGGAAGCCGGCUUUGGCGAAUGUGACAAGUUCUUCUACGCCGGGACCCCGCCUGCGGGGCUGGCGGCCGAUUCCCACGUGAAGAUCUGUCAGCGAGCGGAGGGUGCUGAGCGCUUUGCCACCCUCUACAGCACCCGGGACCGCAUCCCCGUGUACUCCGCGUUCCGUGCCCCGCGCCCUGCGCCCGGCGGCGCCGAGCAGCGAUGGCUGGUGGAGCCGCAGAUCGAUGACCCCAACAGCAACCUUGAGGAGGCAAUUAAUGAGGCAGAGGCCAUCACCUCUGUGAACAGCCUGGGAAGCAAGCAAGCCUUGAAUACAGAUUACCUUGAUUCUGAUUACCAAAGAGGACAGCUUUACCCAUUCUCCCUUAGCAGUGAUGUCCAGGUGGCCACACUUACUCUCACAAAUUCAGCCCCAAUGACCCAGUCCUUCCAGGAACGGUGGUACGUGAAUCUCCACAGCCUAAUGGAUCGGGCUUUGACCCCACAGUGUGGCAGUGGGGAAGACCUAUAUAUCCUCACAGGCACAGUGCCCUCAGACUACAGAGUUAAAGACAAAGUGGCAGUCCCUGAGUUUGUUUGGCUGGCAGCCUGUUGUGCUGUCCCUGGAGGAGGCUGGGCCAUGGGCUUUGUCAAGCACACCCGGGACAGUGACAUCAUAGAAGAUGUGAUGGUAAAAGAUCUUCAGAAACUGCUUCCAUUUAACCCUCAGCUGUUUCAGAACAACUGUGGUGAAACUGAGCAAGACACAGAGAAAAUGAAAAAAAUCCUGGAAGUGGUUAACCAAAUCCAGGAUGAAGAACGAAUGGUGCAAUCUCAAAAGAGUUCUAGUCCCCUUUCUAGCACCAGGAGCAAGAGGUCUGCUCCGUUGCCUCCAGAGGCAUCUGAGGGAAGUAGUAGCUUUUUGGGAAAGCUCAUGGGCUUCAUUGCUACCCCAUUCAUCAAGCUUUUUCAAUUAAUUUAUUACCUUGUGGUAGCAAUCCUGAAGAACAUUGUCUAUCUCCUGUGGUGUGUUACCAAGCAGGUGAUUAAUGGCGUAGAAAGUUGCCUUUACCGCCUGGGCUCAGCCACCAUCUCAUACUUCAUGGCCAUUGGGGAAGAGUUGGUGAGCAUUCCCUGGAAGGUGCUCAAGGUCGUGGCCAAAGUCAUCAGGGCUCUCCUCCGGAUCCUUUGUUGUCUGCUGAAGGCCAUUUGCCGAGUUCUGAGCAUCCCUGUCCGUGUCCUUGUGGAUGUGGCCACUUUCCCUGUGUACACCAUGGGCGCUAUUCCAAUUGUUUGCAAGGACAUUGCACUGGGCCUUGGUGGCACUGUCUCACUGUUCUUUGACACUGCUUUUGGUACCCUGGGUGGCCUAUUUCAGGUGGUUUUUAGUGUCUGCAAGCGGAUUGGCUACAAGGUUACUUUUGACAAUUCUGGGGAGUUAUAAACUCAAAAAACUAAUAGUAUCCAGUCACAGUGAAUUUGAAAGCUGGAAUAUUUUGUCUUUACAAUGGGUUUCUGUUCACUGUCAGUUAUCAUUAUAUUUUGGCCUUUGGUGGGGAUGUCUGCUUGUUUUUGCAAAAGAAGAUGGCAGAAUUUAGACUUGACAGAGGAGAAAUGCUCAGGGUGAGAUUAGGUGUAGUAAUCUGCUGUUUACCUCCAGUUAUAUGUGCAAACUCCCAAGCCACUAAUAACUUCAGUUAUGCACUCUAACACAAACGACCACCUGAAACGCACUGGUAUUUAUUUCUGAUAAUUAAAAAUUACAGGGGAGGGAAGAAUUAGAAAAAGAACAACUUUAGACCAAAGGUGUCUGAGAAAAGGAGAAAGGGAGCUUGUUCUUCCCAUUGCUCUUUGUGAUUUAAGGCAAAACAGAUUUAAAAAAAAAUCUGCAGCCAAUUUCUUGGCAUUUGCUUCUCUUUCUCCUCAACUCGACUGACCUUGGUGGAAUGCAGAUAAUGCCCCUGUUGAAAUAAUUUUGUGGGAAUGUACAAUUUUCUAUAUCUCUUAGCUUUCCAUGGUUCUCAAGGAUAUGUACAGUUUUCAUUUUCCUCCAAAGUUGAAUUUUGCUACAUUUUUCUUUUAGGUAAUGAUAAGCAUUUUUUAAAAAAUCAUUUUUAGGUAAUGGUAAGCAUUUUAUGCCAAAUGUGGCAUAACAGAGUUUGAAUUGAAGGGCAAAGUUAUUUUUUCUUUUUUUUUUUUGGCCUCUUGAAUGGUAUAAUACAGUCCUCUCCGGUGGAAAGAAGAGAAGAGAAGGUGGACAGCCCUGCUCUUAGUAGGUGCUGCAGAUCCAAGGACAUCUUUUUUCCAGCUUGGAUUAACUUGACGUGUAUCCCUGCCUGACAAGGUUGAACUGAAAGAUCUGUAUGUUAAGCUAACAUGAAAAUUCAUAUUCUGCAACAUAGUAGAUUUUUCUAAUGCAUCAAGUAAGUACCCAGCACAGUAAAAAUACUCUGACUUAUGUCCCUAAAUGGUUGUUUUGAUACAACUAUAUAGAAAAGAGCCACAAAAUAAAGAUAAAAGUUAUUGUGGCCAUCUCUGAAAAAAAUAUAUAAAAUAUUUAAGAAUAAUUAUAUCUUAGGAAAUUAUUUUUAUAGUGUGUUUGAGGCUACAAACAUAACUCCCCCAUUAAUACAAAUUAAAUGUGAGAGCUCAUUCUCAAAAUUUUUUUGAUCAAGCACUUGUCAUUUUAAAUCUUGCACUAAAAAAUGGUAACAAGAGGGACCAAACUUUGCUUCCCACAAUUGGGAUGGAAUCACCUGGAUUUUUCUGAAUGUUUUAAAGAAUUGCUGAGAGGUAGAAACAGCCAAGUAUGAAAUACUGAUCUUGGGGCUACCACCCAGGAUCAAUCAGAAAGUUAUAUGCAAAAAUUCAGGGUCCCAACAAGGAGAGAACAAUAUGUCAACCAUUUGCAUGGGGUUGAUGGAUGAGAAACAUGAGCGUAGCAAGAGUUACAUUUUGCAGAAAAAUAGCAGAGGCACACCCAGAAUAGAACAGCAGCCAGCAAGCUGCCAUCCUGAUCAAUUUGUGAUGCAAGGUUAGGGAGUAUGGGCACCACAUGGGUCCAUGCUAGGGAGAUGUGCACCAGGCUUAGCUAAGAAACUUAAAGCAGUAUUUUACCAACUCUUGUCUUAGGGAGCAUAAAGUUUGGAUGUCCCUUUAUUUCAGCAGUGUGAAGGUAAAUGGAAGGGUGAGGGUUUGACUUGGUACUGAUUGGUCAAGAAUCCUGCUGGAUAAAGAAAGGGAAUUUUAGAAGUGACCAGAGGGACAGUCCAGCCAAACUAUUAUUUGAUAAGGAACCCAAGGCCCAGGGAGGCAACAGGCUAGCCCUUAGUUUCAUGGCUAGCUGAGAGCAGAUUAGGAGCCAACGUUGUUUGCACAUGUCCCAUCACACCUGAGAUGUCAGACGUGGGAAGUUCGUGCUAUUAUUCAACUGCCUCUCUGGACCGUGGCAAGAUUUCCUCAUUCAUCAAACAGACUCCAGGCCCUGACUAAUCAGUUGGAUUUGGCAUGUGUGAUGAAAACAAUUAGCCGUCCACGUACAACAUGAUGCUUACUGCAUCCCAUGGAAACUUAAUUCCCUCCUAGCACAUAUUUGCAUACUGAAAGGUCCGAAAAGGGCAUCCAUGGCAGCUUGAGCCCCUUAGCACCAUGUAAGGAGCACAGCAUCCAAACGGCUUCUUGAGAACCAUUAGGGAAUGUCUUUCUUUUUCGCAUCCAAUUGUUUAGUGUCUAUUUAUUCUUGGGUGGCCUGUUUUGAAACCUAAAAAGGGACAAUAAAGCAAAAAGUAUCAGUAAGGGUAGGUGGCUGAGACCCACUGCCCUGAGCUAGUAGUGUGGCUGUGCCUGUGGGUCUCUGGAACCAUCUGUAUUGGACCUGAAGCCACAGCAGGUGGCUGGACUGCUGGCCUGUUCCUAAUGAGCUACGCUGGGCUUUGAGGUAGAGGUUGGGGUUGAUGAACCCCAACUCUGGCUUAAAGAUCUUGCUGUGGCUCUGCUAUGUUCUGAGGCCUUGGGAUCAGCCUCUUCCUCAUUAUGGAGCUGAUUUUCUAGUCUGUGCAUCAGCUAUGCCUUUGAACACUUCUCUUUUCCAUUGUGCCUUUUGAAUGUUGUCUUCUCACUCAGCAUCAGCACUUCGACCUAAAUGCAGACUAGGGAGUUGGGAGGAGGAACCAAAGUGAAGCAUCCUUCAUUUAUUCAGUCAUUCGGUCAUCUGUCAAACACGUAUUUGGACAUCAAGGUUGCAGAGAUGAACAAUGCAUGGAUUUCAUCUUUGAGGAGUUCAAAACCUAGUGGAGAGAACACAUGGUACAAUCGUAACACAUGAAGGACAAGUAAGUGCUGCAAUAAAGGUACUAAUAACAUGUUCCUUGGAACAGAGGAAGAAAAACCACGAAACCAUGGAAAUUAGGGAAGCCUUUACAGAGGGUGUGACAAAACUCAAUUUGACAUUUUCAAGCUAUGUACAAUGCUGUGCACCUUGCAGAUGCUCAAUAAAGUAAUUACUGACAA